UGCCAUAUUAGGGCUUCCUGCUUCCCAUAUAUGGCCAUGUACGUCACGGCGGAGGAGGGCUCCUGCGGUUCCAGACCCUUCAAAUAGAGGCGGAUCCGGGGAGUCGCGAGAGAUCCCAACGCGCAGAACUUGGGGAGCCGCCGCCGCCGCCGCCGCCAGCAGCCACCGCCAGCCGCCGCCGCCGCAGGACCGGCCCCUGCCCAAGCCUCCGCAGCAGCGCCGAGUCCACACCGGCCCGCGGCGAGGGCGAGCUGGGGACCCCACCCACGCUCUCCCCAGUGUGCCCGCAACCCGCAUGUGACGCGGCCAGGCCCCCGCGAGUGUGUCCCCUGCAGCUUCGGCCCCGGGCUGCGCCCACCGGCCCUAACACCGGCGCGACCGCUUGCGGGUCUGGGAUGGCCGCGGCCAAAGCCGAGAUGCAGCUAAUGUCCCCGCUGCAGAUCUCCGACCCGUUUGGCUCUUUUCCUCACUCGCCCACCAUGGACAACUACCCCAAGCUGGAAGAGAUGAUGUUGCUGAGCAACGGGGCGCCCCAGUUCCUCGGUGCUGCCGGAGCCCCCGAGGGCAGCGGCGGUAACAGCAGCAGCAACAGCAGCGGGGGCGGUGGAGGCGGAGGGGGCGGUAGCAACAGCAACGGCAGCAGCGCCUUCAACCCUCAGGGGGAGGCAGGCGAACAACCCUACGAGCACCUGACCGCAGAGUCUUUUCCUGACAUCUCUCUGAAUAACGAGAAGGUGCUGGUGGAGACGAGCUACCCCAGCCAAACCACUCGGCUGCCCCCCAUCACCUACACUGGCCGCUUCUCUCUGGAGCCUGCUCCCAACAGUGGCAACACCCUGUGGCCUGAGCCCCUUUUCAGCCUGGUCAGUGGCCUCGUGAGCAUGACCAACCCAGCAGCCACCUCCUCUUCGGCGCCGUCUCCAGUGGCCUCCUCCUCCUCUGCCUCUCAGAGCCCACCCCUGAGUUGUGCAGUGCAGUCCAACGACAGCAGUCCCAUUUACUCUGCGGCACCCACCUUCCCCACACCCAACACUGACAUCUUCCCUGAGCCACAAAACCAGGCCUUUCCAGGCUCAGCCAGCGCCGGGCUCCAGUACCCACCUCCUGCCUACCCUGCUACCAAGGGCGGCUUCCAGGUUCCGAUGAUCCCCGACUACUUGUUUCCGCAGCAGCAGGGGGACCUGGGCCUGGGUACCCCAGACCAGAAGCCCUUCCAGGGCUUGGAGAGCCGUACCCAGCAGCCUUCGCUCACUCCACUCUCUACCAUCAAGGCCUUUGCCACACAGUCGGGCUCCCAGGACCUGAAGGCCCUCAACACCACCUACCAGUCCCAGCUCGUCAAACCCAGCCGCAUGCGCAAGUACCCCAACCGGCCCAGCAAGACGCCCCCCCACGAACGACCCUACGCCUGCCCGGUGGAGUCUUGUGACCGCCGCUUCUCCCGCUCCGACGAGCUCACCCGCCACAUCCGCAUCCACACUGGCCAGAAGCCCUUCCAGUGUCGCAUCUGCAUGCGCAACUUCAGCCGCAGUGACCACCUUACCACCCACAUCCGCACCCACACCGGCGAGAAGCCCUUCGCCUGCGACAUCUGUGGGAGAAAGUUUGCCAGGAGCGAUGAACGCAAGCGGCAUACCAAGAUCCACUUGCGGCAGAAGGACAAGAAAGCAGACAAAGGCGUUGUGGCCUCUUCGGCCGGCCCUUCCCUCUCUUCCUACCCGUCCCCGGUGCCUACCUCCUAUCCAUCCCCAGUCACUACCUCAUACCCGUCCCCGGCCACCACCUCCUACCCUUCACCGGUGCCCACCUCCUACUCCUCUCCUGGCUCCUCGACCUACCCAUCUCCUGUCCACAGUGGCUUCCCCUCACCUUCGGUGGCCACCACGUACUCCUCCGUCCCCCCUGCUUUCCCGGCCCAAGUCAGCAGCUUCCCUUCCUCGGCUGUCACCAACUCCUUCAGCGCCUCCACAGGGCUUUCGGACAUGACGGCGGCAUUUUCCCCCAGGACAAUUGAAAUUUGCUAAAGGGAAAAGAGGGGGAAAAGGAAAAGGGAAGAAAAAAGAAACACAAGAGACUUAAAGGACAGGAAGAGGAGACGGCCAAAGGAGAGGGGUUCCACUUAGGUCAAAUGGAGGUUCUCAGAGCCAAAUCUUCCCCCUCUACUCAACCCCAGGGUCAGCGUGGAAGGUCUGCUGGCCAACAAGCCUUUCUGCCCACUUCCCUUUCCUCCCCAGUUCCUGCUCCCUUUGACUUCAGCUGCCUGAAACAGCCAUGUCCAAGUUCUUCACCUCUAUCCAAAGAACUUGAUUUGCAUGGAUUUUGGAUAUAUCAUUUCAGUAUCAUUUCCAUCGUAUGCCUGACCCCUUGCUCCCUUCAAAGGUAGAAAAUUGAGUUGGUGAAAUGGGGUUUGGGCCCCUCAGAGCCCAGCCCUGCACCCUUGUACAGUGUCUGUGCCAUGGAUUUCGUUUUUCUUGGGGUAAUCUUGAUGUGAAGAUAAUUUGCAUAUUCUAUUGUAUUAUUUGGAGUUAAGUCCUCACUUUUGGGGGGAACAAAAAAAAAAAGAAAAGCCAAGCAAACCAAUGGUGAUCCUCUAUUUUGUGAUGAUGCUGUGACGAUGACUUUGAAGCUUUUUUUGAAACAGCAGUCCUAGGUAUUAAUCAAAGCAUGUGUCAGAGUGAUGUUCCGUUAACCUUUUUGUAAAUAUUGCCCGACUGUACUCUCACAUGUGGCAAAAUAUGGUUUGGUUUUUCUUCUUUUUUUUUAAGUGUUUUUUUUUGUUUUUUUUUUUUGUUUUUUUUCCGUCCUUUUGAUUUAAAAAAGUUUCACGUCUUGGUGCCUUUUGUGUGAUACGCCUUGCUGACGGCUCGACAUGUGCAAUUGUGAGGGACGUGCUCACCUCUAGCCUUAAGGGGGGCAAGGAGUGAUGAUUCGGGGGAGGCUUUGGGAGCAAAAGAAGGAAGAGGCUGAGCUGAUCCUCAGUUCUCCAGAAUGUAAGGGAAAAAAAAUACCUAAAACAAAAUCUGAACUCUCAAAAGUCUAUUUUUUUAACUGAAAAUGUAAAUUUUUAAAUAUAUUCAGGAGUUGGAACGUUGUAGUUACCUACUGAGUAGGCGGCAAUUUUUGUAUGUUCUGAACAUGCAGUUCAUUAUUUUGUGGUUUUAUUUUACUUUGUACUUGUGUUUGCUUAAACGAAGUGACUGUUUGGCUUAUAAACACAUUGAAUGCGCUUUAUUGCCUAUGGGAUAUGUGGUGUAUAUCCUUCAGAAAAAUUAAAAAGAAAUUAAAAUA